AUGACGACUCAAGGUGAUUCAUUUUCUAACGGUGGAAAUCUAAUAUCUCUUAAUGCCUCUUCCCAGAUUCCAUUCAAACUUGCAAAGAAUGGGGUAAAUUAUGCUUCUUGGAAGUCGCAAAUGACCAAUCUUCUCUUCGGUUAUGGACUUCUUGGCUUCGUUGAUGGAACACAUCCAUGCCCGCUGCCAAUCAAUCCAGAAUAUAUUUAUUGGACUCGUCAAGAUCGUCUUGUGCUCCUCAGCAUCCAGGCCACGGUUAAUAGCACAAUCAGCCCGACGAUCAACAAUUGCACCACUUCUGCUGAUGCUUGGAACAAAUUGGAAACGAAACUCACUGCAGCCGUUCGUGUUCGCGACACUCCACUCUCGUUUGAGGACCUCUAUGAUAAAUUACUCGACGAGGAACUGAUUCGUAAUAAUGGAGAAUUAAAGGACGAAGAAGUACAAAUCACUGCACAAUUCACUCAAAAACAGGCUAUGUAUAAAAAUCGUGGUACUCGCGGAGGACAUCGUGGUGGUAACAAUAGCUCAUCACACAACUCACAUAACACUCCCAGCUACAUGCAUUUUAAUCGCCAACAACAACCUUCUUCUGGACGAGGUAUACGCUCAUCAAAUUUUCAACCACAUUUUUCCUCAUGGAAUUCAAACUCUUAUCAGGGAAAUCAAAGCCAACAUCGCAUUGUUUGUCAACUCUGUGAUAAACCGGGACACAGUGCAAAAACUUGUUACUCUCGUGGACAACCAUCUUCUCAGUUAUCUCGACCACAGGCAAAUCUAGCUGAACGAGACACAACCCAUAACAAUAAGAAUUGGGUGCUCGAUUCAGGUGCCACGCACCAUAUCACUUCCGAUCUCCAGAAUCUCUCGAUGCACUCAAACUAUGUUGGAAAUGAAGACGUGGUUGUCGGCAAUGGUAAUGAAAUUCCUAUCUCUCAUAUUGGUUCUAGUUCAAUUAAUUCUCAUGGUUCCUCUUUUGCAUUAAACAAUGUUCUGUGUGCUCCAUUAAUAAAGAAGAACUUGAUAUCUGUUUCCCAAUUUUGCAAACAAAAUAAUGUUUCCAUUGAAUUUUUUGCUAACUAUUUUCUUGUGAAGGAUUUGAAUACGAGGGCAUCCUUGGCGAAAGGCCGGAGUAGACAUAACUUGUACGAAUGGUCAUCUUCAAAAACGAGUCCAUCCACCCUCACUCCUUCUACCUCUAUUGCUCUUUCCUCUCAGUUAUGGCACCAACGUCUUGGUCAUCCCUCUCGUUCCAUCCAAAAAAGGAUUCUAACAAAUAAUAAAAUUCCCUCUUCUGUGCUUUCUUUUGAUAAAAUGUUUGGGGACUUUCUCCAGUGA